AUGGGAAAGUUUUUGGCACUACUCGCAGUCCUCUGCCUUGGCCAGGUGAUCGGUGCUGAGCGCAUCGUCAACUGCUACUGGGGCACCUGGGCCAACUACCGCAGCGGCAACGGCAAGUUCGAUGUGUCCAACAUCGAUGCCGGUCUGUGCACCCACCUGAGCUACUCCUUCUUCGGGAUCAACGACAACGGCGAGAUCCAGUCCCUGGACACCUGGUUGGACUACGACCUGGGCUUCAUCAGCAAGGCGGUGGGUCUGAAGAGCCAUAACCCCAACCUGAAGGUCCUGGCCGUGGUCGGUGGCUGGAACGAGGGCUCCACCAAGUACUCCUCGAUGUCCGGCGACUGGUACAAGCGUCAAAACUUCAUCAACUCCGCCCUCAACCUGCUGCGCAACAACGGAUUCGAUGGCCUGGACCUGGACUGGGAGUACCCCAACCAGCGUGGAGGCAACUGGAACGAUCGCUCCAACUUUGUGACCCUGCUCCGCGAACUGAAGGAGGCCUUCGCUCCCUAUGGCUACGAGCUGAGCAUUGCUGUGGGUGCCGGUGAGGCCCUGGCCAGCAGCUCCUACGAGAUCUACAACAUUGCCCAGCAGGUGAACUUCAUCAACGUGAUGACCUACGACUUCGCCAUGGCCUCCGACGGCCAGACCGGCUUCAACGCCCCUCAGUGGGCCGUGGAGAACGCCAUCAACUUCUGGCUGAGCCAGGGUGCUCCGGCCAACAAGCUGGUGCUCGGCGUCGGCACCUAUGGACGCUCCUUCCAGCUGUCGGACUCCUCCCAAAACUGGCCAGGAGCCCCGUGCCGCGGCGAGGGAUCUGCCGGCUCCUACACUGGUUCCACUGGCUACCUGGGCUACAACGAGAUCUGCCAGAACAACUGGUACACCGUCUUCGACUACGACAACGCCGCUCCCUACGCCUUCUCCGGUGACCAGUGGGUGAGCUUCGACAACGUGCUCAGUGUCCAGUACAAGAUGGACUUUGCCCUGCGCAACAAUCUGGCCGGCGCCAUGAUCUGGUCCCUGGAGACCGACGACUACCGUGGUCAGUGCGGCGAGGCCUAUCCUCUGCUCCGCGCCAUCAACAUGAAGCUGCGUUGGGACAUCUAAACGGGGUGCCGAUUGGGAAGAAUAAACGAUAAAAAAUAAAAAAAAAACUUUUCUUUUUCGACAUUUUA